AUGAGUGGCAUCGCAUCGACAACCUCCGCCGAUGAUCUCGAUUCCCCGCAUGGCGAUCACUCGCAAACCUCGAAUUUCUCUAAACCAACAACGAAAUAUCCAUCUUCGUCCCAAUCUUCAAAAACGGAAUAUGACUUGCCUCCCGGUAUUCUCGGGCUUAUUCAGCCCCACAUUACUUCGGUUACGGCGCAGAAAUUCACCAGUCACAAGGGAAAGGUCUAUGAACUUCCAAAGAAGGCUCCAAAGUUCACCAAGCCUUUGGGAAACAAGAUCCUCAUCUUGGAUGUUGAGAGUCGCAAUAUCAGUGGCCCCGGUGGUCUUCUAGAUGAUGGCACGCCCACCACCGACGAUUUGCAAGGCCUGACUCUUGGCCGACUGAACCACUAUCUGUUUGCAAAGCUUCACGGAUACGACUACCAAAUUGCGCAACUCCCCGAUGACCCCAGUCUCCACGGAACCUGGAACAAGGUCCCCGCGAUGCUCCAGGCCAUCAAGCAAUACGAAUAUGUCUUCUUCCUGGACGGCGACGCCAUCAUCAUGCACCCUCAUCUGCCUCUCGAGUGGCUCCUCAAUUACUGGGAUAUUUCCGGCAAUGCCACCAUAGCCUUGGCCGAGGACCCCAAGAAAUUCCUCAACGGCAAAGGGCUGUACCCGAACCUGAACACCGGCGUUAUUAUCGCCCACUACACCCCAGGGAGCGAUGAAUUCUUCGACGCUUGGAUGACAUGUCCCGAUGAGACCCGCUACGCAGGCUGCGGUGUCUGGAAAUUGAAACACACUCAUGAACAGGCCGUCAUUAAUGAGUACCUGCGGUACGACUACCGCGAGGAAAUCCAGAUCCUGUCGUGCACAGAGGCAAAUCGCUAUCCCAACGACGAUGAUGAGUGCUCGGGCGAAUUCAUCUCUCAUUUUUGGCCAUUUAAGGAAAUGAUUACUGGUGCCGUGAAGGAAGCCAUGGCUCAGUACUUCUGGCCACCCCUGCAACAGACCAUCUCUCAUGAUCGAGAGAACGUUAUCAAGGCUUUCAGUGUGAAUGGAUUGGGUGUUGAGCAAGCUAAGCCUGAGAACAAGUCGGAGGCUGGAGAGCUACAUACGAAUUAA